GCAUCGGCUUCCUGCGUCUCUCCGUGCCUCCGUCCUACAGCACAACAAUUGCAGACCCACCUGUGAAUGGAGGCACUCUUCCGUCCUGUUCUUCUGUCAUCUUGCCCACGCAUUUCGCGCUACGAAUCUCGCGACGAUGUUGACGCGUCGGAGCCCGCGGAAAGUGACCUUUACCAUUCAAACAGCAGCAGUGCUGCUAUUUGCGACCCAUCCUGGUCUGGCAAGCCCAUUGUUUCUCGACGUUCCGACACCCGCCAACGACUUGGCCCCGGCAAUUCCAACCCUGCCCCCGCUCGCCACGCCCUCUGCACCAAUAGGCACCGGCUCGACCCCUACUCCUCCGCAAGCUGCAAAGGUCUCUAGUGGAGUACCCAGCCCUCCGGCGACCGUGCAAGGCAGUAAUGUUUCAUCCGCGAUUAGCACCGUAACCCCCGAAACAGACGCAGGAAGCGAAUUAACUUGCCCCGAUGGACACUAUGCAAACGCUGAGAAUACCAGCUGUCUGCGCUGUGAUGCGUCCUCCACCAAUGUCGUUACGUGUGAAAAUACGCUGGCGCUGCAUGCGAAUGCUUUGAGGCCGUCGUCUUCGGAGAUGGGAGCGUGGGCGCCAGCCGUAACGGCAGCCGUGGUUGGGAUUCCUGUGUUGGUUUGCAUCUGCAUUGCGUUGGGGGCGGUUUGGUGCAUAUGGAGCAGACAAAAGAAGGCGAAAGGGGAUCUCUUCGGUAGUAAAAUGGACUCGCUUAAAGACUUCAGUGAAAACAGCAAUCUCCCAACACGGCCUCAGCGGGCAUGGAGGAAGCCUGGUGGCUCCGUGCGCGUGGGCGGGAUAAAGGAACCACCUCUUGUGAAAGAUGAAGCCAGCGGGCAACGAGAGAAGUUCAUGGACAUGGUCUCAAAGGCGUGGCAAGGGCCAUUGGAGCCUGAUCGAAAGACUGCAAAGCCCGCGCAACCAUCAGCAGCACUCUCCGCGCCUCAUUCGAAUGGAAGCGAAGGAGGACUGACAGCAGAUGAGCAGCGAAGCGCUCUCAUUCCAACGAUCACGCACAUACCAGAGCUUGCGAGAGAUCUGGAAGUACCGUUAUUUGCUGGGAAGUCGUAUCAGCCUGAACGAUUUGCUGCACAGAACAUCCCAACCAUCCAAGUACAUCAACCAGACAGUGCACCCCCUUCCGGCUUCAGCUCAGGGUCCUCCGCGACGUCGAACAGCUCGUAUAAUUCUCAAGGCAAACCCCGAAAGCCCAUCUUAGCCCACCGCGAGAGACAAAAGCCUCGCAACCCCGGCGGCCGAAUCUACGAUGAUGUCGACACCGGUCGGUCUGUGAACCGGGAGCUUAUUCGCAAAGCCGCCCUUGACGAAUUUGCCUAUCAGCAACAUAAAAACAGCAGUGUGAAGUCGUCCACACCAUCGGCAAGCGUGGAUGGCUCUAACCCCAGCGAUAACACACGGGUCAACACUCCUGCAACCGACCUGAUGACAGCCAACGACGACGUUCCGCUGAUCAACUUCGUCGGUCCAAGACCAGCUGCACCAACCGUCCGUCAGGACCCUCGCGUUCUUCGCCUCCAUAUCGAAAGCGGCACAUCAUCCUCCCUCAGCUCUUCGGGGUCCUCCUUCAGAUCGGAAGCAUCAUCAGCCUCGCGCCUUCCCUCGCCCAACGGGUCCACGAGCUCACGGGAAGCGAUGCGUGCUCGACGCGAUAUGUGGGAGAACGCGUUGUUUACGCCAGGUUCCAUGUUAUCGCCGGUUCCGCCUUACGCGGCCACAGGCGUUCCGAUGCUGAUGCCUCACCCGCCUCCUCCGAUCUUAAGCUCUCCGGAUCCGUACCACCCGAUGAUGGGAAUGCUCAGCAUACCACCGCCAUACCAGAUCUAUUUCGACCAGCCUCAGUAUGGCUUCGCGUCCAACUCUUCCACCACAUCCUCAUCCGCGGCCAGUUCCGCCUCGUCGUCGACGGAUGACAGUCGCAGGGGUCGUCGACCAGGUCGGACCCGCGAUAGAAGUCAAGAGACGUCCCACGACCACCCUGACACCGCAGCUUCGCGUUCUGAAUCGCGCGCACGGAGCACCUCUCGAUCUCGGUCCCGCUCACGGCGUCGAGAUAGAUCCCAGCAGCCGAGCGAUCGCGUCAUGGAUAUCCGGAUGCAGAAGCAACGCGUGCUCAAUGAGGAGUAUCGGAAGCUGCAAAACAAAUGAUGUGGACUGCCACACUUACUCGCACGGUUGGAUGUUCUGUUCGGAUUGUUGUUCUUAUGCAUGGUGUGUUCAUAUGUCUGUUCUUACGGGUCAGUGGCUACUAUAGCCUGACCCCACCCCUGUGAAUACAGUAGAA